AUUAUUCUCAUCAUUUUUCAUCAUCCACGAUGUCGUGAACAGCCGUAUUGAAAAAAGUGUAAACAUUCAUAUAAAUAUAUUAAUCAAAUAUCGGGGGAUUGUGAUCGAGUAGGAAGUGUAAUUAAUUAAUUAACAAACUCCGAAGAAGACUCAAGGUCAAUGAAAAUCAUCGUCUAAUCGCAGAUUGAGGCUUUAUCAAAUUAAUGCGCCAUGUCAGCGCUUACACGCUACGUCGUAUUGAUAAGCGCUAUAGGAUUUUUGAUAAGCUGCGCGGAUAGCGAGGAGCUUGUGGAUGGGAGAAAAUGGUGGGAAACUACAUUGGUUUAUCAGAUUUGGCCUAGAGGAUUUCAGGACAGCGAUGGCGAUGGCGAAGGUGACCUGAAGGGUAUUAUUAGUCGACUCGAUUAUCUCCAGGAUCUUGGAAUCGAGACAAUUUGGUUAAAUCCUAUUUAUCCUUCGCCAUUGAUCGAUUCAGGAUUUGAUGUCUCUAAUUAUAAGGAUAUACAUCCUCUUUUCGGGGAUUUAGAUAUUUUUGAUGAUUUGAUACAACAAGCACACAAACGAGGAUUAAAAGUCAUUCUAGACAUUAUUCCGAAUCAUUCCAGCGAUCAACAUGAAUGGUUCAAAAAGUCGGUCAAAAAAAUCAAGCCAUACACUGACUAUUAUAUUUGGACCAAUGGCAGCAUCGACAAAAAUGGCAAAAAAAUUCCACCAAAUAACUGGAAUAGCACAUACAAUGAUAACGAAGAAUCUGCAUGGACGUGGCAUGAUGAAAGAAAACAAUGGUACUAUCACAAAUUUCAUUAUUCUCAACCAGACCUUAAUUUGAGAAACAAGAAAGUAAUCAAAGAAUUAAAGGACAUACUUGAUUUUUGGUUGAAAAGAAAGGUCGACGGUUUUCGAUUUAGUGCAGUACCGUAUUUCUUCGAAGACAAAGAUUUAAAAGACGAACCUGUUAAUAAAAAAGGCAUUUAUACCUUUGGUCUUCCCGAAAGUACUUCUCUUCUUUACGUAUUUCGUAAAUUUAUCGAUGAUUGGGUAUCGGCCAAUAAACAUACAUCAAAGUUGUUAAUAGCGGAAUCAUACGAUACUUCUGACGAUAAUUUACUGGAAUAUUAUGGAAAUAAAACGCACAAAGGAAUUCCACCUUUCAAUUUUAAAUUCAUUACAGACAUUAAGAAUAACAGUAAUGCUAAUUACAUUAAACGUAUCUUGAAUAAAUGGAUUAAACUUCUUCCAGAAAAUUCUAAUACUAAUUGGGUGCUUUCAAAUCACGAUAAUUCGAGAGCAGCCUCUCGAAUCGGACUCAAUCGAAUUGAUGGGCUUCACAUGCUUAGUUUGCUUUUGCCCGGACAAGCAUAUACAUAUUAUGGCGACGAAAUAGCCAUGUUAGAUACGAAGAUAAAUUGGAGCAAAACUAUCGAUCCCAUGGGAUGCGUUAGGGGGGAAAACGAGUAUGAAUAUUUCUCGAGAGAUCCAGCGAGAACUCCCAUGCAAUGGAAUUCCAAAACUUCAGCUGGUUUCUCAACGAAUAAAACUACGUAUCUCCCCGUUCAUCAAAAUUAUAAGUUGCAAAAUGUGGAGAGACAACUAAAUCAAAGCGCGAGUAAUUUGAAGACGUAUAAAGAUCUAGUGCUUUUGAGGAAAAGACCAGUUUAUAGGAGUGGAGAUUAUGAAUUAAGCUUGAAUGAUGCUCGCGUGUUGGUGUUAAAAAGGUUCUUGAGAAAUACAGAAGAAUUGAAUAUUAUUGUAGUUAAUCUGGGUCUGCGAUCAGAAAAGAUUAAUCUGACUUCUGUACAUCCUAAUUUAGAGGAAACUUUAUUCAUUAUUGUGGCUUCUAGCAAUGCAAUUCGCGACACAGAUUAUGUUCGACGGGAUAAUUAAUUAACAGCAAAUGCCGCACUUGUAUUAAGAGGACAACAAGUACAGACCUCAACUGAGCCAACUACCAGCACAACAAUAAGAAACAAUUCUACGACCUCAACUGAGCCAACUACCAGCACAACAAUAAGAAACAAUUCUACGAUCAGCACGACGGAAAAAGGAAAAGGAAAUUCCUCUGAACCACCUGUUUCAAGUACACCAGAUCCUAAUAAUGCAGUAUCGAGUUCUGCAUCUAUGUUUCAAAUCAUGAUAAGCGCUAUAAUUGUAAUAGUAUCGUAUAAACUUCAUAAAUAGUAUAGAAAAGAAAUAAGAAUUUGUACGAUAAAAAAUAAAAUUAUCUUUUAUAGUUAUCUAUA